GCCGAUCUAGUCGGUCUGAUUCCUUUCCUGGUUUAGCACUCCCAGUGCUUCACUGUGAAUGGUCGGAGCCAUCUGAUCUGCAGAAGAAAGACAGUAAUCGAUCGGAAAACGGGCAGCCUCAGGAGCAAUUACAGAGAAGCAAAAUGGGAAUUCUAUUUACUCGGAUGUUUUCUUCUCUCUUCGGCAACAAAGAAGCUCGAAUCCUCGUCCUCGGCCUCGACAAUGCCGGAAAAACCACCAUUCUAUAUCGGCUUCAGAUGGGUGAGGUGGUGUCUACGAUUCCAACAAUCGGGUUCAAUGUGGAAACCGUACAAUACAACAACAUUAAGUUCCAAGUCUGGGAUUUGGGUGGGCAGACAAGCAUCAGGCCAUACUGGAGAUGCUAUUUCCCGAAUACACAAGCGAUAAUAUAUGUUGUAGAUUCAAGUGACACUGAUAGAAUUGGAAUAGCUAAAGAAGAAUUUCAUGCCAUUUUGGAGGAGGAUGAACUGAAAGGUGCAAUAGCCCUAAUUUUUGCAAACAAGCAGGAUCUCCCUGGUGCCCUAGAUGAUGCUGCUGUCACUGAGGCUUUGGAAUUGCACAAAAUAAAAAAUCGCCAGUGGGCUAUUUUUAAAGCCUGUGCAGUAAAGGGUGAAGGUCUAUUUGAGGGCUUUGACUGGUUGAGUAAUACUCUCAAGGCAGGUGGCUAAGUUUAUUGGCAGAAAUUUUCCAAGUGAGCUUACUCAAAUACAUAUCAAUCUUCCCUUACUCCUUGGCACUUCCGGUUGACUUGUUACACUUGGCAUGAAUGAAAUUUAAUUUUUCCUUUCUUAUUUUAGCAUUAUCUUGUUUACUGUGUUGUGGUUAUCUAAUUCAAAUUCAUUGGAAUUUUGGGGUAAAAGAGGAUGUCAAGCUACGUAUUUAAUGUUUUAAGUAUGGAUUUGGAGAACAGAAAAGGAACCAUGACGGAUUGUCCUAACCUCCAUUUUAUUUUUUUUCCAUUUGUUGGUUGCGUCUAUAGCUUUGGUGUUUGAUGUGAACUCCCAUAUUUUUAUAGUAUUCUCAUUAUUCUUCCAUUAAUUGAUUUCGAUGUCACAUCUUAAAGGCAUGUUUACCAGACAAAUAAGCCAAAUUCUGUUUC